UUUAAAGAACUCCCAAUAUUUUUUGCAUGAUAUCUUAAAUGUUUAAUUUUAAUUAAACUUAAAUAUAUAUUUACACGUUCCGGCGGUUUAGGUCAUUGUCCAUUUUCAAGUGCCUCGCGCUGCUGUUGUCGGUUGACCAGCUUUUGCCGGAUUCGUUGGUCACGUGACAUGAUAAAUAGUUGUUCCAUGGUGGUGGAAGUGGAGAACUUCUUUGGCGUCUACAUGCUGUACUGCACCAACCCCAAGUUCAAGGGCCGCAUUUACAUCGGCUUCACGGUGAAUCCAGAGCGGCGCGUCGGGCAGCACAACGCGGGCCGCCGCCACGGAGGAGCCAAGAGGACGAGCGGCCGUGGGCCGUGGGAAAUGAUUUUCAUCGUCCAUGGUUUCCCGUCCGACAUUGCAGCCUUGAGGUUUGAGUGGGCGUGGCAACACCCUCACUCCUCUCGCCGUCUCUCCCAUGUGGCUCGGCGGACGCGGCGCGAGUCCAGCCUGCAGUUCCAUUGGCGCGUGGUGUCCCACAUGCUCCAGGUGGCGCCGUGGAACCGCAUGCCCCUCACAACGCGUUGGCUGCGUCAAGAGUACCGCCUUGACUUUGCGCCUGGCCUUCAGCCCCCCCUGCAUAUCCCAGUGACCUUCGGGAGCGUGCGUGCCAGGAAGCAGCAGGACCCGAGGGGGCAGGGGGAAGGGGAGGAGCGGCCACUCGAGAGGUGCCUCCUCUGUGAGGGGGUGGUCCAGGCCGCGCACAGGCUCUCCUGUUUCCAUCCCUCUUGUACAAUGGUUGCUCAUCUCACCUGCUUGGCGAAGCACUUCCUGAAGUUGGAAGCGGCUCAGCUUCUUCCUGUGGAGGGAGAAUGCCCCGGGUGCCACAGCUCUGUGCUCUGGGGUAACCUCAUUCGACACAAGAAAGGCUGCUAUGGUGACUUGGAGGAAAUUGCAUCCACAUCACCUCAGACCCACUGGACAGAUGAGCUACAGGUGUAAAGGAGAGUGGAAGACCCACUAACUUCAGAACCUGACGUGUUCUGAACCGUCAUCGUGAUCCCACGCAACGGACACUUCCUACAGGCGUCUCUUCUACGUGGCGGUCGAAAGGGCUUGAAAAUCCCUCCGUGACUCUUCUCCUUGUCUGGACAGUGCUGCCACCUUUGGGAAUUGUCCUUUUAUAACACUAGGCCAUUUAGUAUAAAAGUUGUUUUUUUCUUUCCUUUUUUCAAAAACCAGAUUGAAAAGUGUAACCGGGAACAAACUAGCAUGACUGUGUUUCAAUGGAUGCGAUAAACAUUUUUGUUGACGAAAUGCACGGCCAGGCAAGGCAGUCAUAGAGACUAAUAGAAAGCAUGCUGCUUGGAGCUCGGGCUCCAGAUGUAGCACAGCUUUGCUACAGUGGCCUGUAGGAAACGUGCAGACUGCUGUGUGCAGGGGAGACGGGACCGUGGGCAGUGCCUCUCUUGGUCCAGAGCAGCAGCACGAAGCAUGAGAGGAACAGAAAGCGCUGCUCUUUCGCUACUUUUCCGACCUUCUCCCUCAUGGCAAGCGUUGCCAUUCAAGUGCGAAAAUCUCAAAUAGCCCUUGGUGUCGGCAGCAGAACGGCCGUGUUGCGUCCUGGAUGUUGCCGCAACUCCGAAGAGCGUGAAGAAAGCGUUUCGCGCGUGUGUUUGUAUUUCUCGACCCUGGCCGCGACGACUGACGUACUGUAGGUCUUUCAAGACUUCGUGAAAAAAGAUGCGGGAGGCAGUUUGCUUAUUCUUAUUUUUGUUUUUAAUUAGUAAGGAGAAUUACUAUGAACGUCUCUGAAUUAUGUAACUGAAUAUAGUUAGGCUGUAAUAUAAAUGCAAAAGUUUAUGCAUGUUUUCAUAAUGUAAAAAAAAAAAAUCAUGCUGAGCUACAUAGUGUAACUAUAAAGACAAGUUAAUUGCAUAUCACAAUAAGAGUGUGGUUAAUAAGAGUAGUUUUACACUCAUGUGGUUUCAAUAUUGGUAUUGUGGUUAAGCUUUGUUAAUGUUGUCACCGAGAAUCAAU